GUCCUCGCACCCGUGAUUGUCGGGGUCGCGAGAGCCGGGAUGAACGUUACACAUUCACAGAGUUGUCGGGUGCCAUCACCCCUCGCCUCCUCCUCCUCCUCCUCCCCCGCGGAUGACAUUAGGAGCCGCUUGGGCGCCGGGCGCCUGCGCUUUCGGGAGAGCGGCGGACCCAGAAGGCGCGGCUGGGCAGCUGGCUUGCCACCCGCCUCCGCCCACCUUUCCGCCUGGAAGGGGAGCCCCAAUUAAUCGCCCCCUCCCCACCCACAUCCUGCAGAAGCCCUGCCGGCCAGGAAGGGGUUAAAGGCCCGGGAACGCUCGGCGGUCCAGCAAGGCAGAGUCCGCCCCUGGCGCUCGCUUCUCGGUCCGUCGCCGCCGCCGCCGCCUCUUUCCAGGUCUCCGGCCACCGCGGCCUCGCCGGCGCCGGGAUCUGCACGGGCCCCGGCCCGAGCUCCAAAGAAGUCACCAUGCCUGUCAACGUCAGAGAGGUGAUGCAGCUCCUGUGUCAUGUUUCUGAAGAGCGACAAAUGAAAGCUGCCUUCAAGCACUCCGGCCGAGGGGCUCUGGUGGUGGGAGCAACGGCUUUCUUCGGAGGUUUGGUGGCAGGCCCACCUGGCAUUGCUGUCGGAGGUGCCGUUGGUGGCUUGCUUGGGGCCUGGAUGACCUCUGGGCAGUUCAAGCCCAUUCCUCAGAUUAUCCUGGAACUGCCCCCUGUGGAGCAGCAGCGGCUUUACACAAAUGUCUGUGCCAUUAUUCAGAAUCUGGACUGGACCGACCUAGCCCAGCUCACAGCCUUGGUCAUGUCCAAUGGCGCCCUUCAAGAGAAAUUGCUUGGAGUUCUGACAAACUAUAUCACUACAGAGCUCAAAGGGGAAAUCCAGUAUGGAAACUAGACUCGGAUGUGUCUUGAAGGGGGCCGAGUGCCCUUGGUUCCCUUCUGGCACUUUUGUCUGGCAUUUUAGAUUUCUUAAGAAUAGGAAUAACAAGAUGGCAACUGUGCAUUUUUACCCAAAAUAAUCUGAACAAGGCAAGCUUUGGUUUGCCCAUGCUGUGGGUUUGUUUUUUGGUUUUUGGCAUAAUUAGUCUCUGUUUCAAUAGCUAAGGUUGGAUCGGUUUGAGCCUCAAUGUUUACCGUAUUUAUUUAAACAUCUAUUUAUGCCACCCCCAAAUCCCACAGUGGUAUUUGGAGUGCCUUGCUGAGUAAGUACCUCUUGAUUCAUCUGACCUUCUAAGCAGCAGCCUCUGUAACAUUGACUCCAUCAAAGAAAGUGCCCCCAUUGCAUCCUUGCAUUGUAGUCAAGGAGAUAGGUCAUGGCGUUUGCACUAUGAUGAUGUCACCAUUUGCUGCUCUUUGAUGUGCAUCAUUCUAGAUGAAUACACUGAACAGGUGUUGUCAGCCUUUCCUGCCCAGUUGCAGGCGUUGGAUCUGUGAUCAAUUGUCCUAUUCAAAUAUGUUCUCUGGCUGAAGACAGACAGGCUGGUGGUUGACAUAUAACGGUUCACUGCGGUUGAACUAUGUGGUGUCCUCUUGGCCACGUUAGAAUGAUCAACAUCAAAUCCCUUUGGAAUUUCUCAGAGGUAUGUGCUUCUUCUCCUUCUGCCUUAAUGUUGAGAUGGUACAGGAGUGAAAAGUUGAAAUCGUUCCGAGCCAAAAAUGUAGCAGAUGUUUCAUCUUAGGUAUUUCUCCCGAAGAUAAGUGCAAAUAAAGCUGAAUUUUAAUGUGUGAACGGCCAA